AUAAAAUUUUAAAUUCUAUAUUACUAGAGGCUUAGUUUUAUGAUUUUGGUAAUUGGGUUUGUUUCUGUGGAGGUUGUUUGUGAAAAGUGCAGUGCUGGUGAAGAAAACGAACAAGAGAUGGAUCCAAAACUAACAGAGGUAUCUCAAUUCUUCGAUCAAUUCAAGGCUGCGUUUCUCAGGAAUGACUAUGAUUCCUCUUCCAAUCUCCUUUCCCAGCUAAAGGUGUUGCUAACAGGGUUCAGAAGUCUUCCUCCCUUGUUUGAAGAUACACCUAAUGCAGUUCAGGAGUUAACAAUAGCAAGGGAUAUAUAUGAGCAUGCUGUUGUCCUGAGCGUGAAAACCGAGGAUCAAGAUGACUUUGAGAGGAAUUUCUUCCAGUUGAAACCUUAUUAUACAGAUGCCUGUAGUCGUCUUCCACCAUCUCCGCAGGAGUACCCAAUACUAGGUCUGAACCUGUUGAGGCUACUUGUGCAGAAUAGGAUAGCUGAAUUCCAUAUGGAGUUGGAACUGCUCUCAUCUUCUGCUCUAGAGAAUCCAUGUAUUAAGCAUGCUGUGGAGCUGGAGCAAUCAUUUAUGGAAGGAGCUUACAAUCGCGUAUUGAGUGCUUGUCAGACAGUGCCACAUGAGACAUACGUUUAUUUCAUGGAUCUUUUGGCAAAGACUGUCAGACAUGAAAUAGCAGGAUGCAGUGAGAAGGAGUAUGGCUCUCUUCCAAUUAAGGAUGCUAGGAAAACAUUACGUUUCUCAUCGGACAAGGAACUAUUUGAAUAUAUUAAAGAGGAGCACCCUGAGUGGGAGAUUAAGAAUGGCCUUGUCUUUUUUCAAAAGGCUAAAGAAUCUGCACCUUGCAAAGAAAUACCCUCUCUACAACUCAUCAACCAGACACUUAGUUAUGCCAGGGAGUUGGAGAGGAUUGUCUGAAAAGAAAUGAAAUGGCUUUGUGUUUUCUAAAAUUUCUAGGUGUUUGGGUAAUCGUUGCUAAUACUGUCAUUUGAAAUUGUUUAUUAUUUUGAUUCGAUGCGGAACUCUAAAAUGGUUCAUUUCUUUAUUUUGGAUUUUUGGUCCUCUAGAUUGUUGUAUUGUUUCUUUUGGUACCGUUUUCUCUCUUCCUUUUAAUGGCAUGUUUGGGUAAUCGUUGCUAAUACUCGUUUGUAAUAUAUAUGACUAAAAUAUCAAAGGUGUUGCUGCUCUUUGGUUUCU